CCGAACGGCAAAGAUCAGAGCGCAAUCUGAGCGCCCAUGCGGCAGCUGAUGGUGGGCUUGGGGAACCCUUGGCCGUCCCCAAAGAUGGCAAGGCACAACCUGGGCACCAUGGUGUUGGAAGCCUUGGCGAAGCAGUUAGAUUUGGAGUGGUCCUGGUGGUGGAGCUGUUGGGGAUGGAUCGCUGAAGAGGAGGAGCUAGGCUUCGGCUUCUUUCUGCCCCGGAGCUUUUACAACACCUCUGGCUGGGCGGUGCAGCGUGUCAUGGAGCUCCAUGGCUUGGAAGCUCAUCAGGUGCUCCUGUUGCAUGAUGAUCUUGACCUGCCGCCCUUGUGCUGGUCCGUCCUCGGUGGCAACCACAGCGACGCCGGCAACCGCGGCGUGCGCGGCGUGCGCCGCGCGGCCGGAAACGUGCGCCGGCUGCGGCUGGGUAUCGGGCGGCCGGAUGGCGGUGAUGUGGGGAGCUAUGUGCUGGGGAAAGUGGAAGAUGAGCUGCUGGAACGGUGGCAGGUCAUGUUGAUUGAUGCUACUGAACUGACCGAGCACGCGUUAGAGCUGAGGUGGCAGCCCAGUCCGGAGAGCUGCUGAAGAUAUUCGGCACCGAGGGCUACACACGCGGGCGUUUGGAGGCUGCAAGCUGACUCACUUUGCCACGACUUCUGAGAAGACGCGGAUGGUGCAAGGGAAAAAAACAAUGGAAAAAGGAUGUGGGUUUUCAGGGACUUGGAGUCAACGGUCGUUCGGCGGUACGCGUUUCGGUCUGACCCAAGGGACCAAGGAAGACGGGAAGACCCGGAGACGGGUGACGGGAGAUCGGAGCAGCUUGCAGGGCAUUGUUUGUUUGUUGGAUGUUGGACCGAACAACCUCUUCUGAUUGGUUGUUUCUACUAGCUUCUUGUUACUAGUAGUAAGGCCCUUGCUCCUAGUAGCGAUGCCAGGAGCCCCUAGUAGCGAACAUUGCUACUAGUAGCUCUUGGUUGUUUUUGUCCUUAAAGUGUAAAGUGUCAAUCAGAAUGGUGCCAUUAUGGCGACACAUGGCUGUAACACAUGGUAGUACACAUGAUUUAUCCAAAGA